UUCGUUUGUUUGUUGUCUGCUCUUGCUGUCAAAAAUGCUCUAGUGCUCUUCUACCAUUUUAAUAAUUAAUUGAUAUUAAUUGCUAGAACUGUAAACUUAACCUCGGCUAACGAGUCAUGGGGCUCCUAACUGACCCUACUGGACAUGGAAGGCCUACCCAGUUUGUGGUCAAGUAUCACAAUUUUCUGUGUGUUAUUCUGUACUUGUCAUCUAUUAUAUGGUUCUGUAUGUUAGCCAACAACAACUUCAAUGCAGCGACAUAUUUCUCUGAGAAUGCGCUACUGCCUGGGCUAGUUAAGGGAGAGUUUGACCUUGAUGGGGAAGCGAAGGUGAUGCAGGAAGAGUUGGAGGCCGAGGCACAAAGAUACCCCGAGUCUCUACCCGUCCCGUGGCUUGUGGCCAAGAUGACUCGGCUAAGUCUAGAUACCUACACGCACAACUUUACUCUCCACUACCCUCUCAGCAACGGCCUGAAAUUCACCGGCAAGAAUGUGUACGGCAUCCUGCGUGCACCGCGCAGUGCCAGUACUGAAGCUAUAGUUCUGACAGUGCCGUACCGUCCCCCGUCCAGUGCACACUUGCCCACGGCACCUGGUCUGGCACUCAUGUUGGCCCUGGCACAAUUCUUCCGCAGACAGAAGUAUUGGGCUAAGGACAUCAUCUUCUUGGUGACUGAACACGAGCAGCUCGGCAUUCAAGCUUGGUUGGAAGCUUAUCACGACACUCCUUCCACGGGAGUGUUGGAGCAUGGUUCGCUAUUGGGCAGAGGUGGAGCGAUACAAGCCGCCCUCAACUUGGAACUUCACGCUUCUCGAGUUGGCUACAUUGACGUCAAACUCUCUGGUCUCAACGGACAGUUGCCCAACCUGGAUCUGGUGAACCUGGUACAUCGAAUGUGCUCUAAGGAGGGGGUUAGACACACAUUUUACAAUAAGGAGAAGAACACUGACAGGGACCCAGUGAGAGCCUGGAUGAGUUCCCUAGGUACUCUCAGCUCCAUGGUGUUGACUCAGGCCACCUCAGUCCCGGAUGGCAACCAUGGGCUCUUUCACAGGUUUGGAAUCGAGGCUGUCACUUUAGAGGGGUUUGAGAAGACUGGAAAAGGAAGUCCUGCCACGAUGUAUCAGCUGGGAAGAGUGCUCGAAGGACUUCUCCGCAGUCUCAACAACCUCCUGGAGAGAUUCCACCAGUCCUUCUUCUUCUACUUGCUGCCAGACACGGAUCGCUACGUUAGUAUCGGAGUGUAUCAACCGUGUGUCGUCACUCUGGCAGCUGCUCUGUUUCUCAAAGCCUUCACAUUCUGGCUGCUGUUGAAGAAACCCCCAACAUCAUCCUCGGAAACUCCCGCUCCGGUGCUAUUUGUCCCAGCAGACGAGGGGACGUACAAGAAGCUGAACAUUGUGUACGUAGGUGCGGCCGUACUAGUCACUCAUACUGUAGGAGUUACGUUACUCUCCAGUGGUCCGUGGUUCACAGCUGUACUGAACUCGCUUGCCACUGAAGAUGCUUUGUUCUACGGCUUCCUGGGUGUUGCUCUACUCACCGUCUUGUUGCCUCCCAUCAUCAAUGUUUUCAUUGGUAAAGAACGUAACCUGAUCCUACUCAACAUCAUGGCCCUGUUAGAGCUAGCCACACUCCUAGUGGCUGUGUCUCUCACUAACUUCUCCUUGGCUCUGAUCACAGGACUACUCUACCUUCCACCUACAUUGUGGGUUAACUACUCCAGCAUCAGGUACAGCCAAUAUAGCAUAUACAGACAUAUACAGAGUAACCUGAUCCUACUCAACAUCGUGGCCCUGUUAGAGCUAGCCACACUCCUAGUGGCUGUGUCCCUCACUAACUUCUCCUUGGCUCUGAUCACAGGACUACUAUACCUUCCACCUACAUUGUGGGUCAACUACUCCAGCAUCAGGACUACUAUACCUUCCACCUACAUUGUGGGUCAACUACUCCAGCAUCAGGUAUAG